AUGGCGGCGGCCAUCGACGGCGGCUUCAAGAUCGCCGAGUUCACGCUGACGACGCCCGGCUGCCUCGACGCCGUCGCCGACUUCCGCGGCAAGUACGACGGCGACGUCAUGGUCGGCUGCGGCACGAUCAUGUGCACCGAGGACGCGGAGGCCGCGUGCGACGCGGGCGCGGAGUUCAUCAUCACGCCCGUGCUCCUCCCCGAGGUCGUCACCUGGUGCGCCCAGCGGAACAUCGUCUGCGUGCCCGGCUGCCAGACGCCCACGGAGCUCUACACGGCCUACACGCUCGGCGCGCCCCUCCAGAAGGUCUUCCCGGGCGUCGCCGGCGCGGUGACGUGGGUCAAGGCCGUGUCCGCGGCGCUGCCCAUGCUCCGCCUCAACCCCACGUCGGGCGUCGACCUCGACAACGCCGGCGAGUACCUCUCCAACGGCGCCGCCUCCGUGGGCCUCGUCGCGCCGCUCUUCCCGCCGGACGCGAUCGCGAACGAGGACUGGGACGCGAUCCACGCGAACGCGACCAAGGUCGUGGGCAACGCCGCCAAGGCCGGGCCCUUCGUCCGGAAGCCCACGGGCUUCCAGCUCGCGAAGCUGUGA